AUGGGACCUAAGGCUUUCAAUCAUUUAUGGAAUAAAUUAAAUGUUACCCACCGUGUUCUCAUUCGUCGUGACAUCAUCAAAGCAUUAGCUCAAGCUCAAAAACCAUGGCUAUUAAAUACGUAUCUUCAUAAAGCAUUGCACGAUAAAUUAAUGUCUUCUUCCGAGAAAGAGAUGGUAUUUGAUAAUGUUGCUGCAACAUCAGUUGGAAAGCUUCUUCCAUGGGAAUUCCUCAAGAGAGAUUUCCAAACUUUCUAUUCCAUAUAUAAAAGUACCGGCUCCUUAUCAACACUUGGACGACUAGUUCACAAUUCCGUCAAGCGAUUUGACAAUAAAAUGAAAUAUAUGGAGAUGACAACGUUUUUCGAUAAACACCCUGAUUUAAUCAGACAUAAAAAUGGUGUCCUGAAUAGUAUUCACAGAAAUAUACAAUGGCUGCAAAAACACGAGGGUGCUAUUGUAGAUUGGUGUAAAGGUCACAUGAAAUCGAUGAAUUCCAUGCAAUCAAUGCAAUGCAUAUAA